CCCGUGAGAGAGGCCGCCCGACGAGUUUCCAUCAGCCCUGCCUUUUUUCCGCGGUCCGUGCCCUGCGAGACGGUAAAAAGUAUUGAAAAAAAAAAACAGCCGAAGGGAAAGAAAAUCCGCGAACAUGAGCGCGAAAUUACUGUGAGAGGUGUCCAGGGAUAGCCGAGUACAGUGAAGUGUCGGUGGAUUAUUCAACUGGGGACACCGAGGCGAAGGCAACCAUUGUAGCGGAUUAUCAUUUGACAUCAAAGCAGCAGCCCUGGCCUGCCACAAUCCCUUCGACUCUGUCAUCCCCAGUCUGAUAUUAAAAAUCCGCGAACAACGCUCAUCACGGGCCGAGGGGUGACAAGCCGUUCGAUAUGUCGUUCGGCACUUCAUAUACCUACAAGGUAUACAAGUGCUGUGGCGUUGGAGGUGGCGGGUCCACGGCACCUCAGGUCACUCAUCACCUGGGUACAGGAACUGUCCUUGGCGCAACCUCCGGGAGAACCGCCAUCAUGCAGGACACAGUGUUGGAAUCCAUCCUGGAGCAAAUGCGCGAGACGGAGGCUCGCCGAGCAGACCUGGAGCGUCAGCACGCCGAGGCACAGAACCAGCUACGGGAUAAGAUAGCAGGGAGAUACCAGGGCCCAGAGUCGGUGGAGGCACUUCAGUCAAAAAUACGAGAAUUGGAGAAAAAGACGGAACUGCAGAUGGUGAGACACGAGGAAUUGUCCCUGGAGUUGACGAGCCUGAGGAGAGCUAGGAGUCGGGGGCCAGGUAGUACUCCCCACACCUCGAGUGUCACUGGAACUACCUGGCCACCAGCAGGAUCAGAGAUUGACAGGAUUAUAGCUAAGAUUGAGCAGGACAGCAGUGGUAGAAUUCUCCAUGAGCUGGACCACGCGAGAGGUACGGUGACGACUCAGCAGCCAUCGGCAACGGGUAUCCUCAGGUCCAGUGCAGAGAACCUCCCGAAUUUGAGUCAUCAGCAUCCCCCCCAUCCGCACGCCUUGAAUCUAGGAAUGUCAUCUCAAACGGGUCACUACGUAGGCUCACCAAUGCCCCAGACUCCCCUGAUGCCGGGAUGUCCACCAUUGACACCAAACGGCCCACCAUAUCACUACAACGAGCCUAUCCCACCAGCUCCAUCAUUAUCUACGAGCCAAUCUCAGCCAGCUUUUCAGCAAAAACUCCCGCCGUAUCAACACACCCAUGGUCAUCAGCCUCACGUUGAUCUGCCAAGCUCUCAUUCCCAGGGUACAUUGCCCUCGCAACAGAGCCAGACUCAACAGAAACAAACGCACAGCCAUUUCACUGGCAAUCAGUACCAGGAGAGUUAUCCUCAUACGCAAACGUAUCAACAGCCUCUGCAGGCCUCGACACAACCACAGCAGGGGCAACAAUUGCCUUCGUCUAGCUCGUACCUUGGUUCAGGUAGUCAAACUGUCAUUUCGCAUUACAGUCAACCGGGCCAGACUGGACAAAAUUAUCAACUCAACGGUAGUCAGAGUACGAAUUAUCCAAAUUUAUCACUGACGUCCCAUCCGAACGGUACAUUCACAUCAGGAGUGAGUAGUUAUGCUACAGCUCAUCAACUGGGUCAUCACAACUACCCGGUAACUCAGACGAAUCUCCCACAAACUACUCUAGCCUCAUUGCCAUCGUAUUCAUCAUCAUCGUACCAUACGGCACUCGGUGUGCUAACCAGUGCCCCCCAAACUGUGCUUCCCUAUUCGAGUGUACAAAGCACAUUUUCAACUACUCCAUCGACGUAUUCAACAGUGGGGACCAAUGCUUUCAGCACGUCUGGCGUCAGUUCAGGCUCAUCAUCAAGCGGUCUGCUACAAGCGAUGGGUGAUCCUCUCCACGCAAUGCAACAGCUAUCAGCCCAGUCACAAGCCAAUCAGCUCCAUCAACAGGCAAUAAUCCAGCAGAUUCAACAGAGUCUACGUGCGAGUUCACCGACAGCAACACCAACCCCAGGCCAUCAUUUUCUGGGCCCUAGACAAAUGCCAAAAGUACCCACCGGCAUUCUCACAAAUCCCCUGGAUCGUCACACUAAUGAAACAAUCUUGCCAGAGGGCCAAGUGGAUAUGCUGGAUAUUCCGGGUAAAGGAAGAUGUUACGUCUACAUCGCGAGAUUCAGUUACGAGCCCUUUCAACACUCACCGAAUGAGAAUCCAGAGGCUGAACUGCCGGUACAGGGGGGUGAUUAUUUAUUAGUGUGGGGGCAGCCCGAUGAGGAUGGUAUCCUAGAUGCUGAGACACUUGAUGGCCGCAGGGGACUUGUUCCCGCUAAUUUCGUGCAGAAACUCGUUGGCGAUGAUCUUCUUGAGUUUCAUCAAGCUGUACUGGGACUGAGGGAUGUGGAUGAUGCUGCAUCAACGAAUAUUCCACAGUGCUAUCUCCAAGAUAUCGAUCUGGAACUUGCUGCUCUCGAGGAGGGCAACAGGAAUCGUCACGCUGAGUUGUCAGCGUACGCAGAGUUGGACAAUAUCGCUGAUGAGGAUGAGCAAGAGCCACCAGAAGUCUACCUGUUUUCGGACCUAGUACCGGCGCCCCAGCAUCUCACCCUCGAACGUCAACUCAACAAGAGUGUUCUCAUCAACUGGACAGCACCUGAAAAUUCCCACCAGCUGGAGUCUUAUCAUGUCUACGUUGAUGGGGUGCUGAAGGUGACGGUUAAGGCUACGGAGAGAACACGAGCGUUGGUGGAAGGAGUUGAUUCAACUCGGCCCCACCGAAUAAGUGUUCGUUCAGUGACCCACUCAAGACGUACAUCUCGGGAUGCAGCUUGUACAAUGGUAAUCGGCAAAGACGUUGCAAUAGGCCCAACAGCAGUCAAAGCAUCAAACGUAACUGCCACAAGUGCAGUUAUAUCAUGGCUUCCAAGUAACAGCAAUCAUCAGCACGUUGUGUGCGUCAACAAUGUCGAAGUUAGAACAGUAAAACCGGGCGUUUAUCGUCACACAAUAACAGGCCUAGCACCAUCAACGAUUUAUCGUGUCACAGUUAAAGCCAAGAAUCUACGUGCAACACAUUUCGAGGACCAAAGCACUCAAUCAAACAAUAAUCUUGCCUGCCACGUACAUUUUAAGACCUUACAGAAGGGUCUACCGGAUCCUCCCGUUGAUAUCCAGGUGGAGGCUGGACCGCAGGACGGCACUUUGCUAGUGACCUGGCAGCCUGUUGCCCUAAACGGUUCGGCCGUCACCGGUUACGCGGUUUACGCGGACGGCAAGAAGGUCACCGACGUCGACAGUCCAACUGGUGAUCAUGCACUCGUUGACAUUCACAAAUUAAUGGGCUUAAAUCCAAAAGCUAUAACUGUGAGAACCAAGAGUCGUGAAAGCCAGUCUGGUGACAGUUGUGCAACAGCUAUACCAUGCAAUGUAUUGCGAGGUGGUACAAUGGUACAUGGACAUAUGGAUCAGGGAAUGAUGCAGGAGCACAUCAGGGUGGUGGGCACUGGACAGAGAUAUCCAGGUGCACCUAUGCCAUCACAUAUGAGACGACAUGGACCACCCAGGGUUGAUGCCCAUGGACAAAUUAUUAUUGAGACUGAUGAGAAUCUUUCGGAUAAGGAGAUAUAUCCGGGGCAGAGUUUAUCGCAAAUGGGUAUUCCAGAAAUAACAAAAGACUCGGCUAGCGAAGGGAAUUACAGUGAAGAGGAUGAUCCAACCAGGAGAAGGGGAAUGGGUCCACAGCAUCAUCCAGGUCAUCACAGAUAUGGACCGCAGCCUGGCGGCCCUCAAGGACCCCCUGGGACACACAAGGGGACGGGAAGGAUAGUUGGACUUAGGGGACAAGAGCCUUAUUAUGGUCCAGACCACCAAGAAGCUCAAAGAGGUAGAGGUCCAGGAUAUAGAGGUGCAAGAAAUCGGGGCCCGCGUAAUCCACAGCAUCCUGGCCCCCAGCAGAUGACCAAAAGGGUCAGGUGGUUCACAGCUCUCUUCAAUUAUAAUCCAACGACGAUGUCGCCGAAUUCAGAUGCCUACGACAUUGAAUUACCAUUCUUCGAGGGUGACAUUGUCAAGGUCUGGGGUGACAAGGACGAUGAUGGAUUCUACUGGGGGGAAUGUAAUGGCAAACGUGGCUACGUGCCUAACAAUAUGGUCGAAGAACUCAAGAGUCCACCGCCUGAGCUUGAGGGACAGGGGCCGGGCCAGGGGAGGAGAGGCCAAGGGGAUCGGUGGGGUGAUAUCUACACGAAUAUGCCGGUGAAGAAGAUGAUGGCUCUGUAUGACUACGAUCCACAAGUUGUUUCCCCGAAUGUUGAUGCUGAGGCGGUGGAGUUACGUUUUCAAGCCGGCAACGAAAUAUUCAUUUACGGUGAAAUGGAUGACGAUGGAUUUUACAUGGGAGAAUUGAACGGUGUGCGUGGAUUAGUACCAAGUAAUUUUGUGAUAGAGGCUGGCUCAAGUAAAGGCCAACCAGGUAAACCAGGAUGGAAGCCCCCUAGUGGAGGGAGCCAAGGACCUGGGGUCAGGGGUCCUCCACCACCACCGAGAGAACCCUCAACUCCUGGACAUCGACGUAACAAAGAUGCCUGCAUUGUGCCUGUGUCUGUCCCUGUCUGUCACUUAGACUCUAGACAACAACAACCACAACAACAAAACCAACUACAACAAAACAAUCCACCGCAUCUAGCCUACCAACAAGCGAAUCACCACAGCUACACCACUGUUACAACGUCUAAUCAGCACGGUGGUCUGGGUACAGGUGCUAUGGGGCCUCACAGUGCCCAUCAGCAGGGUAGUGUACCACCCCACCUUCAACAGCAGGGGAGGGAGAGAGGCGUGGGCAAUCGGGGCGUUAUUAACAUGUCGGGUGGCCUCCAGGGUGGUCCCCAGCAGUUCCAGAAUCCCCAGGGGUACCAGCAGAACAUGGGCCAGCAAAAUCCACAACAGCAGCAGCAGCAGAAUCAACAGGGCUACCAACAGAACAUGGGUUACCAGCAACAGGCCCAGGGGUAUCAACAAAACUUCCCCCAACAGCAACAGCAGGGCCAGUAUGGUCCCAAUCAGGGUGGCCAGAUGCCCCAGGCUAAUAAACCAAUACGUGGAAUACCAGCGGUCAUUCCAACAGCUCAAAAACCACAAGAUCAGAACCAGCAACAGCAACAGCAACAGCAGCAGUCAACAGCUGGUCCAAAUUUAAUGCAAAAAUUCACUGAAAUGGCCGGAGCCAGUGCUGGUGGUGAUAUACUAUCAAAAGGUAAAGAGCUCAUAUUCAUGAAAUUUGGAUUAGGCAAGUGAGCCAAUGUUACAGCCAUUUUUUUAAUGGUCUUAAGACUGGUAAUUACCACAGUCUCGUGACAAAUAAUAAAUUCAUUUCAUCGAAUCUAAUAAACAUUCCAGACCAUAAGUAUUUCGAAUAAUGUUCAAGUAGUUUGGGUCUGAUUAUUGAGGUGAUUUUUCUACUUUAUGAGUUUAAUUGCUCGAUUAUGACGAUGUAAGGUCUGUUAGUGAGAAUGAUCGAGAUGCUAGGGUAUGUAAGUUACAUGUAAUCGAUUAAAGCUGCUGUUGCUCUUGCUGCCGCCUGGAUUAAGAUGUAAUCAAUUGAAAUGUUGGGGGGGAGGAAGGUUCAACGUACUUCGUUGUAAUAUCAAGAGUACUUGAUUCAAGUGAUUCAACGUUGUUCAGUGGUUUAUCUGGCAUUCAUCGAGGUAAUUUCGUACUCAGUGGAAAAAAAAAUUGACUACGUUGAACCACUUCAAUGGCGAAUUCAUUAUUGAACACUCGAAACUUUAUAAUGAGGGAGAAUUGGAGGACACUUCAACUCGGUUAUUCUUUGCCCCGCGUAUAGGAGGAUUAAUCAAGCUAGAUGAUCGUUGAGUGAGAUGCUCAAGGUCGAGGGACCACAAGGCAGCACGCGGAGAGUCACGUACGGAUUAAUUUUGGGGAAAAACUUGAUGGACUCAUUGAUAAAUUUUAUUGCCCGAAAAAAAAAAUCAAUAAAAUUUUCUAAUUAAUUCCACGAGCUGUUCAAUGAAAUUUCUACGUUCGUGGUUGGCUCAAUACAUAAUUUAUUUCAAUUAUUUUAAUGUAAUCCUCACUCUCAAACUAUUCACCUCGUGCUCUUCCGCGCUCCCUCGAUUCUCGACUGAUUGAUAAUGUCUUAACAAUCGACGAUUGAUAAUAUAAUAGAGAGAUGAAUAAAAAAAAUAAUUAACCGCGCACAAGAGUCAAGGGUUUGGACUCUGAUGUUGUGAGGUGCCCGAAGCUGCCACCUCGUCGUGUUUAUCGAUUAUAAAUGGAGACGAUGCAAUAAGCAAAAAAAAGUAUUACCAAAAUGAUGAAAUAUUAAGUAGAAAGGAAUGAACGGGAGGCGGGCGUGCCUUGAGAUGCCUCACCCCCACACAAACAAUAAUCAUAUCUUACUAAUGAUAAUACUGUAAUCAAUAAUUUAUCGAGUGAUCUCUACCAUUAUUUCCCCUAUUUACUGAGCCGAUCCCCUUCUUUUAUUCAGAAUAAUGACGGGGGGAUAGGAGAGAAAUUAUAGAUGAAUUAAUUAAGGUGGUGGCGAGCGUUGAGUCGCCUAGAUUCCUUUUCACUACUGUCAAUCAUUUCGUUUUUUAAUCCCCUUCAAGAGAGAAAGCAAUUUACACUGAAAAAAAAUUAUUAUCGAGAAAUAUUCAGUUACUUGAGAGAAGUAUUCAUUUUAGCAAAAUUACAUGUUUUCGAUCGAGUCAUCCCCAGAGGGAUCUAAUUACAUCUUAAUUAUGACAAUCUUAUUGCUCUCGAGGAAUACUAUAUUGCACAGGACCUUAAAGGAAUUUCAUUAAUGUUUUUCUUUUUUUUUUUAUAAAUUUCGAGGAAUUUUUUGAUGUUCAUAAUUAUGGAAGGAGUUCCGUCAAGCAUCUGAUUAACCUGCUCAUGUUCAGAACGGUAGAGUAAACAUAAUUCAAGCCUAAUAAGCAUUUCCUAGUGACAACUUGACUGGGGAAAUACGAUAUUGAAGAAAAAACUUCUCAGAAGUAAAUGAAUAUUUGUCAAACAAAUUUUUUCUCAAAAAAAAUUCAUUGCAUUUGUUUGUGACUGCUGCGAUGGUUUUCGUUUUCGUUCAUGUAUUUCAAUAGAAUUUAAUAGAGAGAGUUAAUGAAGUGUUAAUGGAGUUUUACAAUUUUGUUGAUCUAGGGAAGAAUGUUUAAUUUACGUUGAAAUAUUGUGGGAACGGGCCAUACGUAACGACUAAGACGUUCGUUCAAGCUCGAUUACACGUACGUCACAUGAAUUAUUGAUGAAAUAAAUAGAUAAAAUGAAUGACGAAGUUAUAAAUAAAGAUGGAAAAGAAAAAUUAUACAUAUUAUAAAUAACAAAAUAUACAUAAUAUAUAUAUUAUAUUUAACUAUUGCAAAUUGUUGUUACAACGCUACUUGUAAUCGUAUUUUGUACAAAGUAUAAUCCGACCUUUAUUUUUCUUUCGCCAGAGAAUCAGAGUAUAUGAAUAUGAAGAGAUGAAAAACAAAUUAUGCAUUAGAAAAUUGUUUAACGAAAUGAUGUGAGAACAUUUUAAAGGCAGAAUAAUUCAUUGAUUGAUUAAUUCCUAUAUGAGUGAGUAUAUGAUUGAUUGAGCGUGUACAGAUAUGAGUGAGAGAUGAAAAAUAUAUUAAUAUUCUACUCGAAUCUAACUCAUUCUGUCGAUUCUUUGAGUCUAACUAAAGUUUAGAGUGAAAUUUUAUGAAAUUUAUUGCGAUUGAUGAACGAUAGUGUUUUGAUUUUUACAAAGGAGUGGAGAGUUUAGUUAGUGGAUUGAUUCAAUCGUUAAUCUCGACUGCAAUCGGCUCUUGACAAUUCAUUAUCUUGCAUCUCAUGAAGUUAUCGCCCUGUUUCAUUUACUGUAAAAUUUUGAGGAUAAACUCGUACUUCCAUGGAAACAAAUCAAUGGAGGCAAAUAAAAACAAUAAAAUCAACGCAGUGGUAUUGGUCGUGUUUCAAAUGAUUGAGUAGUGGUGAUAAAUGGCAAUAGUGAUGAACUGGGGAUGAUUUCCUCGUUCGGGGCAAUCGAUUUUUCGGUUCUUCAAACACUAAAUAUCACAGUUCUCGAAAGUCCUUGACAUUAUCAGAGAUCAGCAAUUAAUUUAUUGCUAAAACGUACUUUCCCUGGAUUUAUAUUGUUUUAUUAAUAAUUUAUUAAUAAAUUAUAGGAAGAAACUAAUUUUUAUUGUAUUCAUUCAUUCGAGCAUAGAUAGUAAUUAUAUUAAAUUUAGGAGUCCGUUAAUCGACGAAGACUUUUAGCUGGAUAUGUUUCAUUACAAUGACAAUCAAUAAUGAAAUCUGACAUAUUACUCUUCAAUAAUUUUAAUGAAUAAUGAAUAGCAGUUAAUCAUUGAUUACAACAACAGUAGAACUUUCAUUUUCUUUUUCAGUCGUUGGCUUGCUCAUGAAAACGUGGUUUGACAAUUAAAUUUUUCAUCACGAUAAUGCAAAAUAAAUAAUUCGUAUAAUUUAUUUGCCGAUCUCUGGAAGCAUUCAACAUUCCAUAUUCAUAAUUUACUUAUUUUCCUCAGUCACAGUCAACCUCGGUUGCAUAUCAAUUAUGAGGCUCGUCUGGAGGACUUGAAGUGAUGUAUAAAAAAAAUCUAGAGACAUGCGAAACAGAUGAUAUUCUGACCACUGAUAGGACAUCUAAUGUUAACGAAAAACAAUUUUAAGAAUCAUAUUUAGUUUUUAGUGUUGAUACCAAUUGAAUUGGCUUUCUUGCAUCUGUCACCAGUGUUAUCACACUGAUUUCAUUGCCUCUGUGAACAUCGUCAGUCCACUUUGAUAGUAUCUCUCUUAGGAAAUAGUUAAAACUUUUGAAAAAUCAAAUUCAGAAUAUCCUUCGGCAUCUCUUACGCAUCUAGGCUCAACCGAAUUACGAAUUCAAUAUUUCCUCGAUUCCUUGUAUCGUUCCAAAAUUCAAUUUCAUUUCUCACCAUUGGGGGGGAGUCCAUUCUCACGGACUGAUGCUCGUUAAUGUCGUCAUUAAUUGUUGUUAAUGUUCUUGUUGUUACGCGUACUACGUACCUCAUAACUGAAUUUUUAAGAGAAAGAUUAUUGAUUCCAAUGCGAUGAUAAUUUUUGGAAAUUAGUUGCUCUUGAAUCGGUCAGUUUAGGAGGAACAGAAGAUGAUUAUAUAUUUAGCAGUCAAUUUAUUAAUUUGAGCUGAAAUUUAUUGACUAUUUAUUUGAGACAACAAUUCAUACGAAAGGGACAUUAACAGAAAAACUGGGGAAUUCGAAUUCCUGUGGGAAUUCUGUUCACUAUUUGUUAAUUCUAAAAUUCCGUUUUUCUCUCAACAAAAAUAUCUCCAUUUAUUAAAUUUAUUCAAUUUUUUCUUAUAACAAUCUACUUAAAAUUAAUAGAAAUAUUGAUUUGAAUAUUAACUGUUCAAUAUUUCUAUCCAAAAAUGGAAAAAAUCUGCAGUUGAAUUCCCCAACGACUCCUGGUUUUGUCUGUUAAUUUUUUGGCAUUCGUGAAACAAAAAUGUCUUUUAUAAAUUAAUUAAGAGUGUCCAAGUAACAAUAAUGCAAGAGCCGUCAUAAUAAAUCUCGUAUUGACACUAAAAACUCAUCUGCAAAGACAGAAAAGAAUAACAACAAAUAAUAUAAAUAAACAAAUUAAAGAACCGACGAUAAUAAAUGAAAAGACGAAGAUACGUAGCGCAAUCGAUAUGUAUACAUAAAUGAUAUAUAUAAAUCCACCCCAUUACGUAUAUACAUCUUUUAAUACAUGUAUAUCGCGUCGAUUUUAAGCAUGCCAAAAUAAGAAAUGAAAUUAUAUAUAAAUUAUUAUAUAUAUAAUGCAACAAAAUAAUGAAUGCAAAAUCGCCACGCUGACGUAUAUCUAAUUGAGUAAUCUACGCUUUGUUUUUUCUAUGAAAAAAAAAUAUAUAUUAAAAGAAAAUCGCGCGUGAGAACGUUCAUUAUCAAUUCCUGGUUAGAUAAUUGCGAUGAAGAAAGAAAAUUAUUAUGAAUAUUCAUGAGAAAAUAUAAGAAAAGUCGAGGGUGAGAGAGAGAGUGUGAGAGAGAGAGUGAAAGGUGGUAAAAUAAUGAUGAAUAACUAAAGAAAAAAUGAAUAAAUAAAAUGUUAUUAUAAACAAUUAAUUAAUAAAAAAAUGAAUCUCGUUUCUUGUUA